GCGAGUAACAUCUCACGUAGUACUGCAGUUCCCUUGCUCAUUCACUUGAGGCGUUCAUCCAGUGUAUCUCCAGACGAGGAUGGUAACACGUGGAGGAUUGUCGACUCGUCUACCAUCUGAUAGUGCGCAUGGACUUGGAUGAUAUCAGUAACUGGACUUACAGUUGUAGAUUUUUAAGUCUGUUGUUUUGUUUCUGGUGGGUGGACAACAUCACAAUAUGCCGGAUGUUACCCCCAUCUUACCGGCGCUGGUGCCUCUGGCAACGUUGCUCUAUGUGUUCGGAUCGGAAUAUUUAGUGCCAAUUUCGACUGAUAAAGUAGACUCUGAAUAUGAUUACAUAGUUGUCGGUGCUGGAUCUGCUGGGGCCGUGAUGGCCAACCGACUGUCGGAAGACCCCCACGUCAAGGUGCUGGUCAUCGAAGCAGGGGGUAAGGAGAAUCUGGUGACGGACAUUCCUUUGGCAGCGGCCAUGCUCCAGCAAACUCCCAUUGACUGGGCUUAUCAGACCGAACCACAAGAAGCGGCUUGUUUCGGACUCAUCAACAGGAGGAGCCGUUGGCCACGAGGUCGAGUACUCGGUGGAUCAAGCGUCAUCAACUACAUGCUGUACGUGAGAGGUAACCGCAAGGACUACGAUAGCUGGGCGGAGGCCGGUGCCUACGGAUGGAGUUGGAAAGACGUCUUCCCUUAUUUUCUGAAAUCAGAAGACAACAGAGAUCCGGCCAUCGCCAAAAAUGGUUACCACGCUACCGGCGGCUACCUGACCGUAACCUCCCCAUCAUACGCGACGCCCUUGGCCUUUGCUUUCGUGGAAGCCGGUAUGCACCUGGGAUAUCAAAAUGUCGACAUCAACGGGCCGCAACAAACAGGUGUACUUAUACCCCAAGGCACGAUACGGCGAGGAGCACGCUGUAGUACUUCUAAAGCAUUUCUGCAACCUGUGAAGAAAAGAAAAAAUUUAGACAUAGUAACUUAUGCCUAUGCAACGAAGAUCCAUAUCGACCGACACAAGCGUGCACGGGCCGUCGAGUUUGAUCGUCUCAAGAUGACGUACAUCGUGAAGGCCAGGAAAGAAAUCAUCGUCUCUGGAGGGUCCAUCAACAGUGCCCAAUUACUCAUGCUGUCAGGGAUCGGUCCCAAGCAUCAUCUAGAAGAAAUGGGCAUCCCAGUUGUAGCAGAUCUCCCUGUUGGAUACAAUUUGCAAGAUCACAUAUUUCCUGGUGGAAUCCAUUAUUUAGUCGACGAGCCUGUUGCUAUUGUUCAACCGAGAGUGUUUACAUUCAAAGAAAUCAUCAGAUAUCUGUCCAUAGGCAGAGGUCCUCUAACUGUGCUUGGAGGCGUUGAAGGACUUGGUUUUAUAAAUACAAAAUACGCUAACAAGACCGAGGAUUAUCCGGACGUCGAAAUACAUUUCCUAUCGGGAUCUCCAGCAGCAGACGGUGGGCAGACAUUUCAGCGAGUGCACGGACAAACACGAGAAAUGUGGGAGAAGAUGUACAAGCCAUAUGCAUACAGAGAUUCUUACACAUUUUGUCCCGUCUUGUUGAGACCAAAAAGUAGAGGGUACAUUAAACUCAGAUCACCCGAUCCAUACGAUCCACCCGUGAUUGAUCCCAGAUAUUUGACUCAUCCGCAGGACGUGCUUACCAUGGUUGACUCUAUGAAAAUUUGUAUGGCCUUCGGCGAAUCUCCAGCUUUCAAGAAGUACGGUGGAAGACAAUUUGACACAACAAUGCCCGGAUGCGAGAUCUAUGUGAAGAACAGCGACGAGUACUUGGCAUGCGUGGCACGCUCUUACACCUCCACCAUUUAUCAUCCUGUUGGCACCUGCAAGAUGGGGGCACCAAACGAUCCUACAGCCGUGGUGGAUCCACAGCUCAGAGUGAAAGGAAUCCACGGCCUUCGUGUCGUAGAUGGUUCCAUCAUGCCCACAAUAGUGAGUGGAAACACCAAUGCACCCAUCAUCAUGAUCGCCGAGAAAGCGGCUGACAUGAUCAAAGGGGUCAGGACGGUAAUCAGGCGGAAAGACAAAAAGAAGAGAAAGAGAAGGCGGUGAUGACUAGAUUAAAUCAUUAAAAAUCUUUUUCAAGUCAUGAACAUCAUGAUGUGACUUCUCGUCACCCGUGUCGUUGAUCGAAUAAAGAUAUUUCAGAUCAACUUCACUAAGGCAAUGUUCAGUGAUUAUGCAGAAAAUUCAAAUAUAUAGACUUUUUUUAUAUAUAGAAAGCUAUGCAAACAACCGAAGAUUCGUUAAGAUAAGCGGACACUAAAUUCAAUCAAAGAAUCAUUUCGGAAAAUCAUUUUUCUUUCCAUUAACUAUUUUAUAUUGUUUGCCCAAUCUACGAAGAACUUUCGUUUGUGUUCAUGAAAAGUACAACUCGAAGGAUAUUUUCCACAUUUGUUUUCAGGCUAAACAAACAAUAGGCUAGAAAUCAACUUACCGCCAAUUCCUGCAGGAAAGGAAUUUGGUAAUCGCUUAUCUUAACAUUUCAAAAUACGGGUUUAUCAUGGAAAGCAAACAUAGAAAAUGGACUGAAAAAUUUCUGUGUUGUGCAAUGGAAAAUGUGAACAUUUUGAAGCUAAUAUUCUGUGAAGUCAAGAGAGAAAUGCUAAAAACUGCAUAAAGGCUUUCUAAAUAGUUGAGAAACACGUUUUGGUUUGAUGAAAAAAUAUUGAGACAUCAUAACUUGUACAUAUGUAAGAACGUCAUAAUUUCAAGAAUUCUAAAUGCAUUGCCAAUUUUAUUAAUUUGUAAAUAGUAUCUAAACAGCAAUAAGAAACAUCUGGUCACAUCGAAAUCUUGCAUACACUAAUAUUUAAAGCAAGUAAAUAAAUACAAUGAUUAAUUAGGCAUCUUUAACACUUUCGAGAUGUUUUCUUUUAUCUUCAGAUACAGAUGAAUUAUCUAUUCCACAGAACCUGGUGAUUAUUACAGCCGUAUGGGGCACUGCAAACGAACCAAAUUUGGACAAAUAAAACUGAUCGUGUGAUAAACAUAAUGCACCUGGAAACUAUGCAUAAUAUGAAAUAUGUAGUUAAAUGAAAUCUAUUUUAACGCGUCGCGAAUUUUUCGUCAACAUGGUAACCCAGACACUUUUCGGAGUUGUUCUACGAACCCUAUUUGUGAUUUGUUUACCAAGGUAUAGCCUUGUUGGAAUAAAAUAGUUGUUGCUUUGGCGAUUUAGCACUGUUGGCAGCCUUGGCGAUUUUAAGAAGCAUAUUGUAAUAGAUUUUAACCUGUAUUAUAUAAGUACACUUAUUUAUUUUGUUUGGUUAUCUUAUUAAAACAUUCCAGGGAUGUAUGCAUAUGAUUUAACUUAACAUUUAUUCAAAAAGCUAAGAGUUUGCGGAUUAUAUUUCUGGCUAUUUCUCAAUUGAUGUAUUUAAUGUUAAUUUUAUAACAUGUGCGUUUUCAUUCAAAACUGAUCAUCCCUUAGUCGAAUUGAAAUAUAGUUUAAGGUACCCCUUUACUUCGCCAAUAAUGCCAAGUCUUUGAUCAAAAUGCUUUGAAGCAUUAGUUUUACUAAAGUACAAUAUUUAUAGAUUUAAAUGGAUAUAAAAAUAGUAAAAGGUUUGAUUAACUGUUAUAAAAUAAGCACUCAAAUGUUACUCAUAAAUAAUUUCAAAGCAUUACUCAUGCCUCUAAAUCUAAUCAAAGAAUUGUCAUUACUCCCAUUGCAUUGACAUUUUAUCACAAUUUUAAAGUAAUUUCUUAUGCAUUUUAUAGCAUAAUAAUAAUUAUGAUUUUUUUUUUUUUCAUUUUCAACUUAUAAAAAUAUUUACUUUUCAGUAAAAAUGUAAUAUUAAUUUCACUCCUUCGGAAAGUAUAUUUCACAUAACCAUUACCCAAAGGUAGAUAAUUCGACUCAUUGAGUUUGACUUUAUUUUUCUAGCAUAUUUACAAAAUAAAUAGCAAAAUAGUUUCAAAGUAUGAAACAAUUAGUUUCAGUAGUCUUUGUCAAAUUUGGUUGCCAAAACCAAAGACUAAUUCUUACUGUUGCCAUUGUAUUUGACUUGUAAAUGUACGGAGCGUUUUGUAAAUAUAUUUAUUUACUUCUUGUUUAGUGUGUAUCCUUUGUCCAGAGAUUAUAUUAUUAUAUAUAGAUAUAUAUAUAUAUUUUAAAGAAUUCUUUCUAUUUACAAGUGUGCCUUAUCAAACUCCAUCUAAAUGUACCUGACUAACAAAUUUUUUUCCUUAUAUUUCUUUUUAAUGUUCUUACAAACAAUAUCAGGACCAAGAGUGGAAGAUUAAACAGAUUUAAGAUUUAUUAAAGAGCAUGAGUUUCUGGUUCUCAGUUUCAUCAGUAACUUCCCUACUCUUAAUGCCAUUUUUUUAACAAACAUUUUGAAAUGUAGUGAAAAUUAUUUUAUUAUUAUUCAUCGAUAACUCUAAAAAUAGGUUGAAAUCUAGCUUAGGAUGCUCCUUUACUUAGCCAAGGAUGACAAUUAAGAAGUUUGACUAGACAAACAAUACUAUAAAAUAGUUAUUGUCAGCCAACUGACUUUGAUGGCUUGUUAUUGUUGGCACCCUUGGAAGGGUGAAGGAGCACCCUAAACUAGAUUUUAAACUAAAAAUUUUGCUAAAAUUAAAGAUUUUUUUUUAAAAAAAUGUUAUAUAUUCAGAUACAAAAUUAUAUAUAUAUAAUUUGUUUUGAGCUAGACUUAAGAUUAACAUUCAGUCGUCAAAAUUGAACUAUUUGAGGAGAUUUCUUGUCACUGUGAUUUGUAUUCAUUUCUUAAAGUGAAAAAUGGCAAACCUUUGCUAUGUUUGGGAAGAAACUGUACACUAAUCCUAAGUCUUGCCAAUUUUCAAAGAGUGCAUAUUAUAUUAUAUAUAUUACUAUUUGAAAUGUUGAAUUUAAAAUCUAUUUAUAUAGAAAUUGAAGAGUUAAAAUUUUAAUAAUGGAUGCUAUCAAUGGAUUUGCUGAAACCAUUAUUCAAAACAUAUAUAUCAAUUAGAUCAUCAAGAACUGAAGAAUGCAUUUUAUUACAUUAUAGAUUUUAUAUCAACUAAUGAAAUUAAACAAAUCAUGAAGUAAAAAAUAUGAGUAUUUUACAAAAAGUCUAUAUCAGGAUGUGUCCUUUUCAUUAUUUAUAUUUUCAAAAAUAUUUUUACCUUUUUAGCAAUA